AUGGCGCUGAGAUCAGCAUUCUCUCCUCUGGAAGAAGAUGUCAGUGGACUUCAAGUGACCGACAGAAUGCGCAUGGUCGAGCGUGGAGGACAUGAGCUUAUCAUCAUCAUCAACUUCUUUUCUUCUCUGCCCAGUGAUGCCCCCAGACAUGCACUAGCAGAUGAAAUGGUGCCGUGGGUGGAAGUCCUAGCUGCAACUGCAGGGAUGUUUAACUUGAAACUUCACGUUUCUUAUGCACUGGAUAUGACAGGAGAAGCUCGAGAAGCACACCUUGUAUCGAAACUUCUAAUCUGGAAAUCUGAACUCCCUUCAGAUCAGGUCUAUUUAAUUCUCCCACGACUGAAGAAAAUAUAUUUGGUAAGCAUCAUGAGGUAUAGCACUUGCCGGAUAUCGAGCUUCGAAGUUGUUGCCAGACCGAAUACAAAUCAGCAGCUAGAAGCAAUCGGUAAAAAGUUGUCGUCUGAGAUUGAAAUGAACCCCUGGGCGCGUGCGGAGAUAUGCAGCACUGCAGACCUGGCAUGCGAGUUUAUGCGCUUUGUUUCAUCAAGAGUACUGGAUUCCAAUCGGGUAUGAAACAAACUAUUUUCAUCCACGACG